GGGCCCCCCUCCUACUAUGACAACCAGGACUUCCCCUCAGCGCACUGGGAUGACAAGAGCAUCCGCCAGGCCUUCAUCCGCAAGGUGUUCCUGGUGCUGACAGCGCAGCUGACCGUCACCUUUGCCUUCGUGGCCGUCUUCACCUUCGUGGGCGGUGUGAAGGGCUUCGGGCGGGGGCGCCACGUCUGGACCUACUACGUGUCCUAUGCCGUCUUCUUCCUCUCCCUCAUCAUCCUCAGCUGCUGUGGGGAUUUCCGCCGUAAACAUCCCUGGAACCUGGUGGCACUAUCCGUCCUGACCGUCAGCCUUGCCAGCUUCUACAGCACCGAUGCUGUCAUCAUGGCCGUCGGCAUCACCGUCGUCGUCUGCUUCACCGUUGUCAUCUUCUCGCUCCAG